UUUAGACCCAAAAUUGUUUUUAGAUUGGCAAUCAGGGAUUUCUAUAUAUUUUACUAAUUAAGUCGUAUGUCUCCUACUUUUAUUUUAUAAAAGUAAUAACAAACAUUGUGCGUUGAUGUAAGCCGGUUUAGGACUUUCAUCCAACCCGCUUUUAUUUACGUAUAAUAAAAUAAUGGAAAAAGAUGAUGAAAAAUUCUUUUACGAAGAUGAAGUGGCCAUGGUUUCUUCAAAAUCUGGUCUAGUCAAGUAUGGUUUAGUUUUAACGACAAACAGAUCGAGAUCUGAAACCGAGUUGAAGAAGAGCUCAUACAAAAAUCAUAGUGAGAUCAAAGUGAUCUGGCAUCCAAGUGGUGCUGAAGAAAUUAUUUCUGAUGAUAAAGUUGUGUUGAUGGAUCGAUCAUUAAUGCCUGGUGAUGUAGUACGUAAAGUUAGUGAAGGCAAACCUAGUCAGUUUGGAUAUUGUGAAAACAUUGAUAUAUAUGCCACAGUAAAAAUACUUAAUACUAACAAAAUAAUAGAAAAUGUCAAUUCCCGAAACUUUACUCACACUAAACCCUUUGGAAUUGAUUCCUCAGUUUUUUAUGAAUCAUGGGUCGGUGGAAUUUAUGAUAUCAAAUGUAAAGUUACAUUUGUUUCACAAGAUGGAUCUAUUUUUACGUUAGAGGAUCCAUAUCGAAGAGACUUUAUAAGUCUAUCUUCAAGUGAUAGUUUUUCCAUUGAUGACAAUGUAUUUUAUCAUGGGCAAAAAUUAAAAAUGUGUCUAGAUUCCCUAGAAAGUGCAAAAUUUUUAACCAUCAGUAACUUAAUGAAAUGUCUAUGGCAUAAUUAUAAGAAGAAAAUCAGCUAUAAAUUUGGAACCAAGUGGGUCAAAGUUUAUGUUCAAGAUCUUAUUGUAUCAUCAGUUGAAGUUGAAUGGUACUGUCAAACAUCAAGUAAAACAAAGCCACGUGUAGGAACUUGGCCAGAAAGAGUAUUUUCUGGUGAUGAUUUGAAAAAACUAAAAACAAUUGAUUUAUUUGAGUCAUGUUCAAUUCAAGUGGGAGAUACACAUUGGUAUACAAUUAAAGAUACAGAUAAUUUAAUGACAAUGAAACAGUGGCGAUCUAAAUGUAUGGAAGCUUUUAAUAUUGGACCAGGUUCAUUGAAUAGUAAAACAAAUAAAGAUAAGCAUUACAACAAACUGUUAGGUUCCAAAAAAUCAUUAAAAAAUACAAAUUGUAAUGAGUUGGAUCAUAUAGAUGACUUAUUAAGUACACAAAAUGUAUCUAAUAGAAAUGUGCCAACAAUGCAAUUACAAAGAAAUAAUAGAUUCGUAAAUAAAUUAGCAAUAUUAUCCAAAAAAUGUGAAUUUAAAUCAUCCACAAGUACAACAGGCAAUAAUUGUGUACAUAUAUUAAAAUCAAACCGACUAAAGAGAAACCGUAUGUGGAAAUCAUUAAUUAAAAAAAGUAAACAAUUCAAUGUACCCAAAGUAAAAACUAAACCGAAUUCCAAAGUUGUAGUUGAGAUUUGUUACACAAAAUCUAUGGUAGAUGUUAUAUGGCAGGAUGGUACUAGAGAAACUGGAGUUUCUUCUACUGAUCUCUACCCAGUACAAACUCUUGAUGAUCUUGAGUUUUUUCCUGGCGAUUUUGUUACUGAUAAAAAUCCUUCAUCUGAUGUUUAUGGUGUUGUAGAAUCUGUUGACCACGCAGAACGCACUGCUCAUAUACAAUGGUUUAAAGUUUAUCCUGAAAAUCCUUCAUUGCCAAAUCCUAUUGAAAAAACUUAUUUUAGUGUAUAUGACUUACGAGAUCAUCCUGAUUUUCAUUUUAAAUCUGGUUGUCUUAUUAUACACAUUAAUCCUGAUAUGAACCCUGGUUUAAAUACCUUAACUGCCGGACAAGUUUUAAGUGCAGGGCCUGAUGGCAGGAUUUUAGUGAUGUGGGUGAAUGGUGAAAAAACCGAAUGUUGGCCUCAAGAAUUGUUUGUUGUCAAAGUGAAUGAUGAUGGCUUCAGUUUUCAAGAUGAAGAAUAUGAGGAUGAAGAUGAUGAUGCACCUCUUGCUGUCGAAGAUGACUUAUCUGAAGAUUGGAUGUCUGUAACCAGUCCUGGGUCAUCUAAUAAAAGCUGUGACCGAGAAGAUGAUCAGAGAUAUCCAAAAUUAUUACUACAAUUACUAAAACAAUCUGCUACAAGUAUAAAUUUAUUCUUAGAUGCUGUUGAACAAAAUUGUGACAUGGAUAAAGUUAUUAAAUUAAAAAAAGCUUUGGAACAAUAUAGGUUAGGAUUUAACAUUAGUUCGUGUUUACCAACUUCAGAAUAUAAAGAAAUAGAAACAUGGUAUAAGGAUCUCAUGGAUAAUAUCUCCAAAUUAAUAAACAAAAUAAUCUCAAGAAUAGAUAAUAAAAGUGAAAGAGCUGAAGAAGAAGAGCUAUCAUAUGAGACUUUAAUUAAAGACAGUGUAACUAAAUUAAAACAAUUUGUAUCAGAUUUCAUAAAGAAAGUUAAUCGAGCUUUCAAUGAAUCAUAUGGUUUAUAUGAAGUAGUACAAAAAAAUUAUGAUACAAAAAACCAAAAUGAACAUGAUGAUUUUGGUAUUGAAAUAAUGGAUAUAACUGAGCCAACGUCAGCACUUCCUGUAAUUGAAUUCGAUUCUACCGAAUGUCGUAUUAUUAAAGUAGAAACAGUUACAGAACCAGUUUUCCAAGUUAUAACCAAACCCGAAGAAGCUGGAGUUUUUGAUGUGGUUGAUACACUUAGGGAUAAUUCACACAAAUAUAUAAAUGAUAAGGAUAAUUUACAUUCAUCAUUACCAAAAGUUAUUGCCAAAGACAUCCAAAUACUUCAAAAAAGUUUACCAGCAGGAAUUUGGGUGAAAACUUUUGAAAAUCGCGUGGAUUUGUUUUCUAUAAUGAUUAGAGGACCAGAAAAAACUCCAUAUGCUGGUGGUUUGUUUUUAUUUGAUGUCAAAAUUCCACCUACCUAUCCAAUUCAACCUCCUCUCUGUCAUUAUUAUAGUUAUUGUGAUGACCGAUUGAAUCCAAAUCUAUACGAAGAUGGAAAAGUAUGCCUUAGUCUUUUAGGUACUUGGUCUGGUCAUGGUGUUGAAUUAUGGUCACCUAAUGAUUCUAAUUUAUUACAGCUUCUAGUAUCAAUACAAGGACUGAUAUUGGUGAGUGAGCCAUAUUAUAAUGAAGCUGGAUUUGAUUCUCAACGUGGUCAAAAGCUUGCAAAAGAAAACUCUCGUGUUUACAAUGAAAUGGCUCUGAUCAAAGUAGUGCAAUCAAUGACAAAUAUGUUAAACUUAAUGCAUUAUUCGGAUAUUAAAAAUACAGGGUAUUUUAAAGAAGAAAUACUGGAACACGUAAAAACACAUGGUCCAAAAUUAAUUAAUACAAUUGAAAAUUGGAUUAAAAUGUCUGAAAGAGAAUUAACAGAAGAUGAAAAACUUGUUCCUGGAUAUCCAUUAUUACCUCUUUCCAAGGGUUUCUGCUUAUCAAUCAUCAAAGCACUGAAAGAUUACAAAGAAGUAUUGAUUUCUAUGAAUAUCAUGUUUAAUUAAUUAUAAGUAAUUCUUAUUGCUUUAUCCUAUUUAAAGGAAAACAUAUGAGUUUCAUAUUAAAAUUAUUGUUUCUAUAUACCUACUAUUUUUAAACUUAUUUUUUUUUAUGUUCAACUUCUCUAGCUUUCAACAUAUUUAUGUAUUAUUUAUUAAAAGUUAUAUUGCCUGUUAU